CCCAGAUUGGACUAGCUUUCAAUAGUACAUUUUUGUAUUUGAUCUCUAACACAUUUUGCUUUUUAAAGUUGAGUCCUGAAAUUAGAGAAUUUUGUUCAGAUGGCAGUAGAUUUGCUUGUUUAAUUCAAAGCGUUACUGUGAAAUUUUGAAUUCUGUAAUAUGAAAUUUUAAUGACAUAAUUGUGCUUGGAUGGGUGGGGGUAAUUAAGUUUAAUUGAUUGGAUUUAAGUAGCACAAUCUUUGGGGUGGAGCCUAUGACCCUGACUGGGUGGAGACUGUGUCCCAGGCACUAUAAAAGGCAGAGUAUCUGAGCACGAGCUCAGAGGAGAUCGGGUCACGAGCGGAAGAGUUGCAGACUUUGGACCUUCCAUACCUGCACUGGAAGUCUCCAAGUCAAGCUGACCUACAAAGAAAUACUGAUUAGGGUGGAGACUGCCCUCCCAGAUCCUAUUAAAGACCCAACUGGGCUCAGCUCCCACAAGGAGAAGCUUUGUCACAGCCAACACAUCUCUAGAAGUCUGCAGACAAGACACAUCCCGAUUACUGAAGAGCAGAUUGUGUACUGAGGGAUUCCAAGAGCUUCCAGAAGCUAAUAAAAGAUCAUUUCAGCUCAGUUCACUGCCAAGGAGUGACCCUCAGGGACCAUGGCCAAAAGUCUGCGAGAAAAGGCGACCUGUCCAGUUUGCCUGGAUUUUUUCUCCAAUCCUAUUUCUCUCUCUUGUGCACACGUUUUCUGCUUUUAUUGCAUCCUAAAUUGGGUGUCAAAAAGGGAUGAUUCAAAACUGACCUGUCCCUUGUGUCGAGGAUCAUCGGAGAAACCUCCCGUGGAAGAAUGGCAAAUCAGAAUAUUAACACUUCUCAUCAAGCAGCACGGGCCCCUGCUGGAGCUAAGUCUGCAGGUCAGCAGUGAGCUCCAGUGGUUCCGGGAAGAUAUGACCCUGGAUGCAGCCACCGCCAACUCCCUUCUUGUCAUCUCCGAUGAUCGAAGGAGUGUCCAGUGUGCAAAGACCCAUCAUGACAUGAUGGAAGACCCCAGGCAAUUCACCUACCUGACCUGUGUCCUGGGUAUGUCCUGCUUCUCCUCUGGCCGACAUUACUGGGAGGUUGAAGUGGGAGAGGUGAAGGAGUGGUCUCUGGGUGUCUGCAAGGAGUCGGUUGACAGAAAGAGGAAGAGCAAUUUGUCCUCUAAACAUGGCUUCUGGACCAUCAGCAUGAAGGCGGGAGCAAUCCAUGCUAACUCCAUCCCAGAAAGGAGAAUUCCCGCAAGCCCUGGCCUUCAGCGUGUGGGAAUUUUCCUGGAUGUUGAGAUGGAAGAAAUCAAAUUUUUUGAUGUUGGAAAUGAUGCCCUCAUUUAUACAUACUGUCCUCUCUCCUCUUUGGAGCGUUUUAGUCCCUUCUUCUUUCUUGAGCUGCCAGGAGAAAGUGACAGCAGUGCUGCCCUGAGAAUCUGCCCUUGAGAAGCUGAGCCCUUCCUAGAGGUUUCUAAGAAGUGAAGAGACCUUUGGCCUGAAAAAGGUCAGAAUGCUUAAGGAAGAGACAGUGUGCUGUCGUGCAAAGAUUUAGUAAAUAUUUUUAAAGUAGAUUUUAUAGACUUAGUAGCAACAAUUGUAUAGAUUUGUUUGGGGUAAAUUUUGUAGACUUUGUAGCUAAAUAACUAUGGGAUUAUGGGGGAUGUUAUUAAGAACUUCAAGCCUCAGUUUUCUAGUCUCUAAGUGGGGAUAAUUAUAUCUCUCAGCCAAAUAGCUGUGUUGAGUAGAGGCAAUACUGUACUAAUAUUUGUAGUAAAUAACAAAUGGAGAAUAGUAGUUUGUAAGUUAAUGAGAUACUAGAUUUUGUGGAUGGAAACAAUAUCUUUUUUAUUUCAUGCUGUUUUCUAUACAAUUCCUGAUAAUGAUAGCUGUCUGUGGAGAAAGAAGAAUCAAACAGAACAUUUGUGAGAUGUUUUGAUAUGACGUAAAAUUUCAGAGAGAGACAAAUAUGUCCUGAGGAAAACUAAGUUUCUCAUUUUUAUUUUCUCUGAAACACAGUUUCUUGAAAGACCAAGAACUUUGGCUAAGAUAUAUUGUUAGUUGUGAUUCAUAUACUAAUGGAAAUUAUCCUUUGCCUAUUUCAAUAAUUGACCUAUUGUGUAGUUGUCAAAAUGGUAGGGUAUACAUGAUAGGCAAAAAGAUGCCAAUAGGCCUAAUCAGAGAAUGUCAAAUUUAUAAAAUAGCAAAAGAUUCAGAAACUUCUGGAGUCAAUUAUGUAAAAGAGGAAAUAACUGUUUUGAAGACUGGAUCCCUGAACUUCUGCCCACCAGGUGCAGUUUCACUUGCAAAACCCCCUGCACCUUCUGAGAUGAAAGGAUAUCUCCCAGCAAGCCCAAACUUCUUGAUUUGUAAGAAUUACAAACUUUGUAAUUUGUAAGAAUUUUUAUCAACUAUGUUAACUCAUUAACAUGUAUUCAUCUAAAAUUGUUCUUAAAGUUGCUUUUGGAUUUAUUAUUUGUAGAAUUUACAUUUUCUUGCAAUAAAAUCUAUAAAAUGUCAAAAAAAAGCAUUUGUUUCAUAGUUGGCACU